AAGACAGGCAGAGCUCACCUGAGAGACAACCUGCAUCCUCCCUACCUACGCUACAUCAUCCACCCAUCCAUCCAUCCCACGCCGACAGAGAAGCGAGAGGAGAAACACAGAGAAGAGAUCAAGAACAGACAGACAGACAGACAGACAGACAGACAGACAGACAGACAGACAGACAGACAGACAGACAGACAUGCUCUCCAAAGUACAGAGAUCCUUCAGACCUUCGUCUGUUACGCUGAGACGACUCCACCAGUCAGCCCUGGAUGUGGUAGAUCAUCCAGCCUCAGAGGACAGUGUGACAGACAGUUUUGGCAGGUUCAUCCAGGGUGUCCAGCCCCACCAGCUGACCCCCACCGUGCUCCAACGCAGUAAGAGGAUGGUCCUAGACUCCAUCGGAGUGGGACUACUGGGCAGCACCACACAUGUCUUCCAGCUGGCCCUGCAACACUGUCAGCACAUGUACGGUCCUGAUGACAUCAGCAGUGUGUACGGACGCAGAGGAACCAGACUCUCCCCAACCCUGGCUGCCUUCGUCAACGGAGUGGCUGCCCACUCCAUGGACUUUGAUGACACCUGGCACCCUGCCACUCACCCGUCAGGGGCAGUCCUUCCUGCCCUGCUGGCGGUCAGCGAUAUGCUGCCCAGUAACAGCAAGCCUAGUGGGCGGGACUUCCUGCUUGCGUUCAAUGUGGGUAUAGAGAUCCAGGGACGACUGAUGAGAUUCUCCAAUGAGGCUCACAACAUCCCCAAGAGGUUCCACCCCCCUACUGUUGUGGGUACUCUGGGUAGUGCAGCAGCCUGCGCCCGCCUCCUUUCUCUGGAACACUCCCAGUGUAGCCACGCCCUGGCUAUCGCUGCCAGCCUAUCAGGAGCCCCCAUGGCUAAUGCCGCCACCCAGUCCAAACCCCUCCACAUCGGCAACGCAGCGCGGCUGGGGCUUGAGGCGGCUCUACUGGCCUCUAGAGGUCUGGAGGCCUCACCCAGGGUCCUGGAUGACACCGCCGGGGUCGCAGGGUUCAGUGCCUUCUACGAGGACUACGCCCCACAACCUUUGGCCUCCCCAGAGGAAGAAGGGUUGCAGUUCCUCCUAGAGAACCAGGAUAUAGGGUUUAAGAGGUUCCCGGCCCACCUGGGGAUGCACUGGGUGGCCGACGCUGCUGCCGCCGUACACAAACUGCUGCUGGGGGAGCAGGGGUCAGGGGGGAGUGGUCAGGGGUCAGGGGUCGUAGGUCAGGUCCAGGACAUCCUGCUCAGGGUUCCCCGCUCCAAGUACAUUGAUCGUCCGUUCCCGGAGUCGGAGCAUGAGGCCAGACACUCCUUCCAGUUCAACGCCUGCUCUGCCCUGCUGGACGGAGAGGUCACCGUGGACUCAUUCUCCCAGGAAGCACUGCAGCGCCCCGACCUCUACUCCCUGCUGGGGCGUGUCCACGUCGAGCAUCCCCAUGACAAUCCCGCUAACUUUGACCGCAUGUACGGCGAGGUGCAGGUGACACUGGUGGGCGGGGACGUCCUGAACGGACGCUGUGAUACUUUUUAUGGUCACUGGCGUAACCCUUUGACCAAUGAGAGCCUGAGGAAGAAGUUCCGUAGCAACGCUGGGGUGGUCCUUCCCAGAGAGAAGGUGGAGGGUCUGAUAGAGGCAGUAGAGGGACUAGACCGACUGGAGGACUGCUGUCCUCUGCUGGAGCAGCUACAGUGAUCACACACAGAGCUACAGGGAUCACACACAGAGCUACAGGGGUCACACACAGAGCUACAGGGUCACACACAGAGCUACAGGGAUCACACACAGAGCUACAGGGAUCACACACAGAGCUACAGGGAUCAUACACAGAGCUACAGGGAUCACACACAGAGCUACAGGGAUCACACACAGAACUACAGGGAUCACACACACAGAGCUACAGAGAUCACACACAGAGCUACAGGGAUCACACACAGAGCUUCAGUGAUCACACACAAAGCUACAGGGAUCACACACAGAGCUACAGGGAUUACACACAGAGCUACAGGGAUCACACACAGAGCUACAGGGAUCACACACAGAGCUACAGUGAUCUCACACACAGAGCUACAGGGAUCAUACACACAGAGCUACAGGGAUCACACACACAGAGCUACAGGGAUCACACACAGAGCUACAGGGAUCACACACAGAGCUACAGGGGUCACACACAGAGCUACAGGGAUCACACAAAGAGCUACAGGGAUCACACACAGAGCUACAGUGAUUUCACACACAGAGCUACAGGGAUCAUACACACAGAGCUACAGGGAUCACACACACAGAGCUACAGGGAUCACACACAGAGCUACAGGGGUCACACACAGAGCUACAGGGGUCACACAUAGAACUACAUGGGUCACACACAGAGCUACAGGGAUUACACACAUGGCUACAGGGAUCACACACACAGAGCUACAGGGGUCACACACAGAGCUACAGGGGUCACACACAGAGCUUCAGGGGUCACACACGGAGCUACUGUGAUCACACACAGAGCUACAGGGGUCACACACAGAGCUACAGGGGUCACACACAGAGCUACAGGGGUCACACACAGAGCUACAGGGAUCACACACAUGGCUACAGGGAUCACACACACAGAGCUACAGGGGUCACAUAGAGCUACAGGGGUCACACACAGAGCUACAGGGGUCACACACAGAGCUACAGGGAUCACACACAGAGCUACAGGGAUCACACACAGAGCUGCAGGGAUCACACACAGAGCUACAGUGAUCUCACACACAGAGCUACAGGGAUCAUACAAACAGAGCUACAGGGAUCACACACACAGAGCUACAGGGAUCACACACAGAGCUACAGUGAUCACACACAGAGCAACAGGGAUCACACACAGAGCUACAGGGAUCACACACAGUGCUACAGGGAUCACACACAGAGCUACAGGGAUCACACACAGAGCUACAGGGGUCACACACAGAGCUACAGGGAUCACAUACAUGGCUACAGGGAUCACACACAGAGUUACAGGGAUCACACACAUGACUACAGGGAUCACACACACAGAGCUACAGGGGUCACACACAGAGCUACAGGGGUCACACACAGAGCGACAGGGGUCACACACAUCAUGUCACAGAACUCCUUACCAGUUGAUGUUUCUGCCUUUUACAAUAUCAUGUUAACACUUUACAUUGUCAGCUGAGUUACAAUGAAGAAUCUAGUUCCAAUGUGAGGGAAGAGACAAGAAAAUAAUUUAAAGAAUCAAACAUAAAUUAAGUUAAAAUGAAGAAUUUACUUCCAGUGUGAGGGAAGAGGGAGAGUCUAUAGGUGAUUAACUUUAGCUGUACAUUAAAUUAUAUAAACAAUCAAAGCUAAAUGAUUAAGUUCAGUAUAUUUUGUUGUAUCCAUUUAUAUGACCCCGAUGAGGGUCCCUGUGUUUCCAUGACAACGUAUCUCUCCAGUCCUGAGUGGAUGUUGACAGUAACCACAAUUAAUUUGAAGGAUGGACGUGUAUGUACAUGUGAUUUUAUUAUCAAGUUUAUUUUCUAUUUUGUUGAAUUGUUGUUUGUCUUGUAUUCUACCAAACAUGUAUAUUAUUAUGAUUCUAUACUUUGAAUCUUCAUUAAAUAAUUAUAUUAAACUAAUUAUAGCCUUGA